GCAUCUAGGAGUACAGAGCCUUCCAGCUGUCUAACGACACGGCGCUGACUCUGCGUCUGGCCUUCUUAUUGAUAUCGGUUGCAGUUCUCUUGCGAACUCAGUCUAACCGUGAUUCCUUCUGCGCAAAAAUGUAUCGGGAUCGACCCAGGCUGCGAGGCGGCGGCGAUGAUGCAGAAGACGAUGAGAUGGACUGUGGCAGCUCGCCCAUUCGCCAUCAACAACCUUCACGCUUGAGAACACCGAGCCCCAGGCGUAACAACAACAUGGAUACUGCCAUGACUGAUGGCGAACAGCAGUGGCCAGAGCCUCCCGGAGCCCCGAGAUGGCAUUGGGAUGAGAAUGACCCUCGAAAUCCUCGGAAUGCGCCAACCCAGACUUCAGCCGUUAGCAUCGCGGGCUCGACCAAUCCUCACGUGGGGGUCAACCCUGGUUCCGGGGAUAGCACACCAGGCACCGGACUAGGACAAACAUAUUGUCUCUUCCACUCAAACUAUUCCGCGUCGGCACGCUCCCAAUGUCGACUGGUACCGAACAGUAGCCUCGAAGAGAUGUACAACUGCGGUAGCCAAGGUCAAGACUCUGCCCCGCCGAAGCAGGUCGACGCUGCUGCAGAAACCAUGUCGAUGCAUUCUCAGACGAGCACGGAGGAGCCGGAUGUGCAGAUGUCGGAUGAUACUUCGAGCCCGUCCGCGAUGCUGAGUCCUCCGGCACCGGCCGCCCCAAAGCCCGAAAAGCGGAAGGCAUCACCGGAAGCAGAGCUGCCUGAGAAGAAGAGGGCAAAGGACGAGGGCCCGAAUCAUGGUCCGCAUGAUGGACAGGGCUAUGUUGGCUGACGAGGCUAGCACAAGGCAUACAUACAUAUUGGUGACAGCGCAGACGGCAGGGAGCCUUGUCUCGAUUGUGGAGUUUCAGAGCGGUAAAAAAAAGCACAGUCUAGCGGUGAAUAAAGUGCCUCAUGUAUGGAGUAUGGGCGGUGUGAACAAAAUACCGGUAUGCAUAGAAGAUUGGAGUUUUUGAUUCUUCAAACAUGCCUAAUUGACAU